AUGUCAAACCCUAAAGCUUCCGAGAAACCCUUAAAUCUCUUCGAACCCAUCCUUACAGAUACCGGUUUCACAUUUUUACAACGCAACACAUCAGUAGCGCAACCAAGCGAAAGACGAGGCCGGAAAAAGCAGGCGGAGCCUGGGAGGUUUCUUGGCGUAAGACGACGGCCAUGGGGCCGAUAUGCAGCCGAAAUAAGAGACCCCACCACCAAGGAAAGACAUUGGCUGGGAACCUUUGACACUGCUCAAGAAGCUGCACUUGCCUAUGAUAGGGCUGCCCUCUCCAUGAAGGGCACUCAAGCAAGAACUAAUUUCGUGUACUCUGAUCAAACAACAACUUUUCAUUCUCUUUUAACACCUAAUUAUGAUCUUCAAAUUCAAGCCUUUUUGCAGCCACCAUCACAGUUUUCUACUGCCACGGAACCUAAACAGUCCAGCUCUUGUAAUCUGCAGCCUGACAUUUUGCCUAGAAAAGACCAGAAAUCAACUGUCCAAUUGGAUAACGACACAUGUUGUCAUGAUCAAUCUUCUUAUGGUUCAUCAUCUAAUGAUGAUCAUAAUUUGUUUCUUUCUACUACAGACACAAAUUCUGGCUACUUGGAUUGCAUUGUUCCUAACAACUGCCUGAAGCCAUAUUCUGCAACUAAUAAAAUCAAUGGGGACACUUCAAAUGAUCAGAAAUUUUGCUCAAAUUUGAGUUUCUCUGAAAAUCAUGGGACAUUUUAUGAAAAUAAUCCACUUUUUCUUGAUUCUACAAGUGUUGCAACUGUAGGAUGGAAUCCUGGAAAUCAUUCUUACUAUGAUGAAUUUGUGGACGGGUUCUGGCCAGAUGGUGAUCGAGAGUCAUGGGACUUAAGUUCUUGUGAACUCCCCCACGUUAUGAACAACCCUAUAGUGGUGGAAAAUGGAUGCAUGGUAGACUUGAAUCCAAUUAUAAGUGAAAAUCCAAGUUUUGAGAUGAUGGUGGCUCCAGCCUGCAGUAGUACUUCAGCAGCACCAAGUUGUUCAUCUUUAUAUCCCUGUUUUGAUGAUGCAGUUGACUUGGGCUUUUCUCUCUUUUGA